AUGGUGCGCCUCGACCUGGGAUUGACACGGGAAUACUCCUGGCCCUUCAUCAUUGCGGACGUGCCGGAAGCCAUUGUGGGGGUCAACUUUUUGGCGCACACGGAGCUGGUGCUUGACCUACGCCACAAACAUCUGAUUUACCGUACCACCUGCUGUUCCACGACGGCACGGGCGCGCCGCACCGCGAUCCACGUGGUCGCGCUCAUCGAGGGAUCAACCACCAGCACCGAUCAGUGCCUCUACGAUCAGCUGCUAGUCGAGUUCGCCGACUUAUCAGAGCUCAGUGAUCAGAGUGCCACCCUGUGCGGCGCGAAGGUGGCCGAUCAUAUCCACGUGGCGGGGCCACCAGUGCACGAGCGCCAUCUCGCUGGCGAUCGACUUACUGCGGCCAGGGCGACGUUUGACCGCCUUUUCCAGCGGGAAACCAUGCGCCCAUCGUUCAGUCAAUGGGCCAGCCUACUACACAUUGUGGCCAAGCCUGGCGGAGGAUGCCGGGUGACCGGAGAUUACCGGUGA